GUUUUAUAAUAAUUAAGGUUAAGAACAUUGAUUAAUUUAUUGAUUUAGAUCAUGAAUGGGCUGUAAGAUUUUUCAGCUGAGUAACGUUUGAAAUGCAAUAUGGUAUCGUGACCUAUCUGCCAGUUAAUGUUCUAGUCUGAUUAUUUUGUAAAGAUAGGGGAUAUGUUAACUUCUUUAUUCCUUUGAUCUAUAUUUUCUUUUUUGUUUUGACUCAACUUACUGUCCCUGCGUGUUUCAAUUUUGUCUUCUGAUUGUAGUUGAAAGUGUGGUUGAGUGCCGUUGUUUUAAAACGGCUACCUUAUACUAUUUAAGGUUUCUGAAUACCCAUCUGAAAUUAAAUAUCAAUUCCUCUAACAUUAGCAGAUAACACUUGUUGGACAUUAACGUUUCCGUUAAGAUAGCUCUACUCUAGUACAAACAAUCACAUUUCCUUUGUUUUACUCUAGUAAUAAAAAGCAGUUUAUGGAUAAAUAAAUUAAAUCUACAUUUAUUUCGUUUUUUUUUCUAACAGUCAUAUUGUACAAUAAAUAUAGACAUAUUCAGACAAAGUUGUCUUAAUUCCUUAAACAUUGUUUCAUUCACAUAAUUUUCAUUUAAUAUAUGUAUCAUCGGAAGAUCUUAUCUACUUUUUCGCAAGAAGCCAUACAGAUGGAUUCUUUUAUUCUAUUUGUUUUUGGUUCAUUGCAAGUGUUAAAUGUUGCAUUUUCACAACCAUGUAGUUGGCCGGAGAUGUUCACAGAUACGAUAUGGCACGACAGUGACCGCGAUGAAGUGACGUUCACAGAUACAACAAUUAGUGGGUGGGAUGUGACAGCCCCAGGAGGAGCAGUGGUACAAGACUGGGAGUGUUACAUCGUCAAUCAAACCAGCACAACCGCUUUUACUGUGAUAUUUAAAGCGACAACACCGUUUACACUUUUCAACACUAUCUACGUGACAUUUGCCUGUCUACAAAUGACAUUGUUUUCGGAAAAUGCGUACUAUUACUACCAAAUGUCCGAGGAAGAGACGAGACUUGGAAACGACAGGCUAAUUGUAUUUGAGCAGUCAACUAUAGCAACUGACCCACCGACAGAAUCCUCGAUAUGUUUAUCCCAAGGACACGCACAAGCACCGACAACAAACGAAUAUCAUGUCAUCAUUAGAAAUGAUAAAACAGAAGCGGCUAUUCGUACAUGCCCUAGUGAUUACAUAGGGACUCACAAAUACACAGUAACUGAUUUAACAUCAACAUACUGUAGUGAUGGAGAAAGUUCUUGGGUUGUCUGUUCUAGCACGGAUACCAUUGUAUUCAAUUAUACACUCUGUAAUACCGUACUAGCUCAUUCAGAACAAGGCAUCGUAAACUGUGUGUUUGACAUGGCCAACGGUGAUUAUCACCUGACGACAGUUAUGACCAAGGAAAUAGCUAGCACUGAGAGAUUUACCUGUCUGAUAUCGUAUUUGGCGGGAAAUGGUAGCAGGUAUGUUUCACAGUACCCGGGCAGCUGUACUAAGACACAAACACCAUUUGAUGUUCCUACAUCACACGAUGGUACCGUAACAGGACUUAAAAUGGUCUUAACCAAUAAAGCGGCCUGUGAUGAUCCAACUACCACAACAACUUCUACAAGUACAACAUCCACCACAACGACUUCUACCACUACAACAACGUCAACUACUACAACCACAACUACCUCCACUACAACAUCAACUACUUCUACUACUACUACUACUACUCCAACCACAGUAACAACUCCUACCACUUCAUCCACUACAACGAAGACACCCACUACAACUACUACUCCUACUACUACUACUACAACGCCAACAACGACAACCACCACCACAACACAAUCCGCUACUACUCAAACACCAUCGUCUGACAACAAAACUGUUAUGGUCAUAGCCAUUGCCGCUGGAUGCCUUGCUGGCGUGUUACUCAUUAUCCUGAUCGCAAUUUUAGUAAAUAGGUUUUGCUGUAAGGAGCCAUUGCCUCGAGCCAAAACACCGGAUCUAAACAUAGAAAACAUGUCACAUAAAACUGCAGGGUUUGGAGGAGUACCAUGGGGACUUUCAAAUGCACCAAGGGAGACAACAAUUAUAGAAGAAAUAAAUCCAGAUAAAGAUGUUAUUGUGUUUCCUCAAGCUAAAACAAAUGAUUUUACACUGACCGUUCAAAAUAGUGCCUCAUUUGUUGGAAGCGAAAAAAGACGAAGUUCCUUUCCGAAGCAACUUGGUAAAUCAAAAGGUGCCUUCACAAAAAUGUCUUCAGUGAAUGUACCUGUAUGGGAAACAAGCCUGAUGCCUGGCAUAAUACCGUCAAAGACAUCUACGUCUGGUAUUACUGCUCCAGCUGAGACGGGUACAACUUACGUUGCAAGUUCAACACAGCAAAACCAAGUUACGAAAUCAGUUGAAGUAUUCGACGGUAUAAUAAUGGAUGAAACUGUAAACUUUGCCUUGCGGUAUUCUUCGAGGAUGCAGAACGUUAAGAAGAAUUGGUAUGAAAGGAGAAAUUCAGGAACUCUAUCUCUGGUGUCAGAGAAAACCGUGAUAGUGCCAACUGCUAUUGAUUCGUCCAAAAAUAAUGUCAGACGAGUUAGCAUAACAGACAUAUCGGAAACACAGAUAUUAGGAAACGGGACAACUAAUGGUUUGUUGUCGCCUUCAGAUGUAUUUGAGUCAUUUUCUGAUAACGGAAGUGGCACAAACGACAUGAUGGUGUCACCUAUAUCGGAGAUAUCACUACCGGUUUCUCCAACUGAUAGUGCUACUAUCUGAGAACAAAUGCUGUAGAUAUGGCAUUGUUACAUUAUAUAUGUGUUGCUUUAACAUGAAAUGUCUUUAAUCACUUAUCAUUAUCUUCUUAUGUAAUUUUUAUGACAAU